AAAAAUUUCCAGAAAAUCCAACAUGCAGGAGAGGUAACAAAUAUUCUCCGGAAAAUCCCACGAUUACGAGGAUUAGCAAAAAUAUCAAAGCGAAAUAUGGUAUGCGUAGCUUCUUUCAAAAUAUUGAUAUGCAAAGAUUCUUCCUAACCCAAGUUAGUUGAGUUGUGAUAGUCGUGUUAAGAAGUCGAAGGGAAGGACGUACAAGUGUUUUUAAAAUUCGACAAAAAAGAAAUUUUUCCUUAAGAUUAUUAAUAAAAGGAUCAAAAUUGCAAGAAAUUGUUCAACUUUUAAACAGAGUAUAAAAUAAAUCGUGAGUGAACAAUGCCUAACAUUAAAUUGCGAUCGUCUGACAACGAAAUUUUCGAUAUUGAUGUGCAAAUUGCAAAAUGUUCGGGCACUAUUAAAACUAUGCUGGAAGAUUGUGGCAUGGAAGAUAAUAAUAAUGCUGUUGUACCUUUGCCAAAUGUAAAUUCGGUCACGUUACGUAAAAUAUUAGAUUGGGCUGAAUAUCAUCAAGACGAUCCUCAGCCUACUGAAGAAGACGAGGAAAAAUCGAAAAAAACUGAUCACAUUUUACCCUGGGAUGCUGACUUUCUCAAAAUGGAUCAGGGCGCUUUAUUCGAAUUGAUUUUGGUUGCAAACUAUCUGGAUAUAAAGCCUUUAUUGGAUAUUGCUUGUAAAACAAUAGCAAAUAUGAUAAAAGGCAAAACACCAGCCGACAUACGUCAAACUUUUAAUAUUAAAAAUGAUUUCACAGCCGCCGAAAAGAGGGACAUUUUAGAGGCGAAACGAAUGGUGUAAACGAAUUGAAGUAAAACCUCCCUUUGUUUAUGCCGAAUAAAGCAUUUUCUUUUUCAUGCUUUAGAUGCUAUUACUUUACAGCUAUUAAGACUUACUUAUAUACAAGCACUUGCAAUAAAAAUAAAGUAAAUGUAGAGAAUGUUUGUUGUUUUUUUUUUUUGAUUACACGGUUGCGGAGUGGUGUAGUGAACGUUUAUGGCAGUUGCUUGGCGCAGCGCGCUAAUGAAAACUUUAUUAGUUUCCCUUUCCUAACUGAAAUUCGUGCAUGAGCAACUGCAAUCAGUUAGUUCGUUUCGUAUUUAUAUUCUUUAGCUCCAUUUAUUUAUUAUUUAUUUUUUUUACUUAGCUCGAUGAUGAAAAGAAGAGUAAAAAGAGAUAGGAAUGUGAUGGUCGCAGCCUGGUGAGUGUGUGACCAAUAAAUAAGUAUUAAUUUUUCACCCAACUCUAUCUAAGCAUUCAGUAUAGGUACGAAUAAAAAAAAAAAAAAAAACUUUACCGCACUUGAGAUUUGAACCCGCGAACACUGAUUCGGUACCUUAUCUGUUCGGCUACUUAUAGCAUUGAUUGAAAGUACCUAAGUGCAGACAAGCAGAAGGAUGUAUAUUCCGAAUUUCAUAUUGAUCGGGUAAAUAUAUAUAUAUUUUACUAUAGAUCCAUUAUUUUUUCAUUAUUAUAAACUUUAUAAUAAACUUAAUAGACUUGCAUUUUUGUUACCAUGAACGAAAAAUUCGACAAAUUAUGCGGAAGCAUUUAAGAUAUGGUAUUGAAUUUUGUUCUUUCAACCUAUUUUGAUAUGUUGAUGAUCUAGGUAGGUUACAGUAGUAUUCAAUUUAUUCAACUCAUUGCUCAUACUAUUGAUGAGAUUAGAAGUUCCCGUUCAUCGGAGUUCAUUUCAUCAUUAACCUUAAAUGUUACAAAUUUCGAUUUGAAUUCCAGAAACUAUUAGAAGGACGUUGGACUGUUGAUUGUUCCGCUCUCAACGAAGACUAACUUGACGUGAAUAUAUGUUUUUACCUUAAUUAAUUCCUGCAAUUAUUGAUUGUUGCACUAUUAGCAAAGCUUUCUUUUUCUUUCUACAAAUUGUUUCUAGAACUUUUAGGUGAAUGGCUUUUUAUCAAUGCGUUCACUUAAAUAUGCUUACAAAAGAAAGUUAUACUCUUUUC